UAUUCAGUAGUCUGCAAGUCCCUUCUUGGGAUUUGAGUCUUACUUCUGCAUGCUCAGAUUGCAAAUUGUAUCUUCAUUCUCUAGACAUUUGCUGGGGGAAAACCUAAAUCGAGUAAUUUCACCACCGGGAAACACAACUUCCACACCAACUCUAUCAAACAAUAUAAACCGGAUGGUUCCUCGAAACAAACGAAUCAAUCCAUGGCGACUCCUAAUUAAUGCGACUUCUAAACCAUGCCGCCAACAACACAUCCUCCCAUCAAUGGCCAAGCAAUUUCUGAUCACCUCGUCCGCCUAAAUCUUCACCCCUCUCCAUCAUUUCUCCAUUCAUUCAUCUCAUCUCAGACGCGCAAUCUUCCCAUCAACGCUGUCUGCCACUCCGCUCGCUUCCGCAUCCUAAACGCCGACAUCCGCGAAUGUCUCUCCCCUCCCCCCAAUCAACUCCUCCCCCGUGAUCUGACCCGGAGCAAUCCGCACGACCUGCCCGCACAGGAGCGCCACCUCGCUGGACCCUUCGUCCUCCAGAUCGCCUGGGUCGAGGACAUCGGCAAGAGCAAAUGGAGUCAACUCACCGAAUGGGAGCAGGCGAAGCGCGAUGAGGGGAGAGAAAAAGUCGUCGGGCUGGCCGAUGCCGACAGCGAUGAUGCCGCCGAGGCGACGCAUCCAGCGAACGCGAUAGGGCAAGGCCGCUCGCAGGCGCUGGCGCCAAAAGGCCCGUUUAAACUCCAUUUGCACGAUGCGCAGAAUCCGCCAGCGCAAGUGCAUGGCGUGACUGUUGGUCCGAUCGAGGGCAUCAACGUCGAUGUGCCGAUGGGCGGAAAAAUCCUCGUUAAGGAUGUCGUCGUUGCGAGAGGGGUGAUGCUUUUGGAUUCGUCCAAUACGACGCUGUUGGGAGGAAAGGUACACGCUCUAGCGACGAAGUAUAAAGAAGGUAGGAUAGACUACCUUCGCAGACAUCUGGAGGGCGAUGGUACCGUUGGCUAGGAUUUCGAAGUGCAUUCAUCUCGUCGGCUUAUGGUGGAGCAAUGCAAGACUCCUACUCAACAGAUACUGGGCUACAGGGACAGGCAACUCAAAUUAUGAUGAACUCACCAUUAAGAUCUGAGGUGGUUCGGUGAGAAAGGCAUAAAGACGAUAAGACAGUCUAUUUACUCUGGUACCACUGGUUAGUGGUGGAUUCCACGGUGAGGCAUAUUCGAGCGGUCUAUACGGGCUUGAUGAAGCAUUUGAAAUCACUCGCCUACGCUGUAUCUCACCCAUUGCUUAUUGGACGAAUGUUACCGUUCUGAAAAGAUGAAGAGGGACACAAAGGGCUUGAACGAGCGACAGCCGAAUCCACUGCUUCUAGAGGAUGAACAGAG